AUGUUCUUCAUCUUCUCCUUCCUUCUCGCUCCAUUCGCCAACGCCGCUAUUUCUGGUGACUAUAACUGUACCAGCUACAAUGGAACUUCGGUAAAUUCCAGCAUACUUCAAAAGUUCUUACCCUACUUUCCUAUGACUGUGAAAGCUCAGAACAUAGUUUCUCAUUUACACUUUAACACAAUUGAGACAAAAUGAAAACAAAUCCCAGUCACAACAACAACUUCUUCUUCUUCUUUUCAGUUCGUGUACACCCCAGCUGCGGUCGCCUGCUCGAACACCAUUUCGGAUGCCGCUUGCGAGGUUCUCUACGUGGAUCCGGACACCACCGCCGGAUACCCAUCCGCUGGAGGAGAUGAAGAGAGACCGUUGGCGUGCUACACCACCGCCACCGCCACUCCUGCUUCCGUCGUUCAGGACAUGAAGACCGCUGCUCUUGAGACUUGCCCAAAAACUUGCGGAUUGUGCUGUCAGACCGACGCCUACUCCUGCGCCAACGUUGCUUGUGAGUUUUAACACGUUUCUUCUAGCAUGCACUGUUUUCAACAGUGUACUUGGUGAAAGUCCGGAACUUUGACGUGACAACUACUGCACAGCUUUUUCUUAACUUUUACGCCAAUUCAGUAGGGUACACAUUUUCCACCUCAUUUCCAACCCUAAUGUAGACUGAGCAACUAAGUAUGUCAACGCAAUAACUCACAAAACAAGUGUUCUGCAACACCAACACUUUCAGAUCCACGUCUCGAUUGCUCCACGAUCACCACUUCCCAAUGCAACUCCAUCAUCUGGCGAACGAUCAUCGCCACUGACUGCCCAUCCGCUUGCGGAUUCUGUAACGAGGGAGGAUGCGUCGACGCUGUCAGCGACUGCGCCAACGACGUCACCAUCUGCACGACCAUCGGACUUCAAGACUUUGUGAACACGUACUGCCAGAGAACGUGCGGAAGAUGUCCGUCGUCUACCUCUUCCUCCUCCUCCACCACCGCUUCUUCCUCUUCUUCCUGCACUUCCUACAACGCCGACAGCUCCACACACUGCGCCGAUUGGGCCGCCAACGGCUUCUGCACCAACACCUUCUACACUAGCGCUCAACGCAAAUCGUAUUGCGCCAGCACUUGCAAGAUUUGCUAA